UGUGUUUGGAGGAGGGACUUCAUCAUUUAAAGAAGUUACAAGUUCCUGGUUAGCCAGUGAAGAAAGACAGUCAGUGGUAAACCAUCAGAGUCUCAGCAUGAAAGUCUCUCACACUUUGAUCUGCUUCUUCUUCCUCUUCUCUCUGCAGGAUGGAAACACCGGUCUCGUCAGUGCCCAACUCUCUGUCUAUUCAGUAAUUGAAGGAGAAGAUGUCAGAGUUGAAUGCCCCUUUCCUUCUUAUAGAAUCAGGAAGUUCUUCUGUAAGGAACCAUGUAGACGAAAAGACAUUCUCAUUGAAACAACUGAUGCCCCAGCUCAGAGAGGCAGAUACAGCAUUGAUUAUGAAAAUAGAGAUUAUUUUGUGACCAUCACUCAGCUGACCAAGUCUGACUCCAGACGCUACAGGUGUGGUGUGGGACUAUAUCUGUCAACGGCUUCAUACGAAUAUAUUGAAAUCAUCGUUGUUGAUGCAAUGCUUGUUGGUGCAGAAAAAACAAUCGAUGCUAGAACUGGAGGAAAUAUUGUAGUUGAAUGCUACUUUACUGAAUAUGGAAACAAGAAGUACUUCUGCAAGGAAGAAUGUGAAGGAGAAGACAAUCUUGUUGAAAUAACUGGUUACAUAUUUAGUAAAGACAAAUACAGCAUUGAAUAUGUUGAAGGAACUCCAACAGGAGGAUCUGUGUAUGUGAGCAUCAAACAGCUGACCCAGUCUGACUCAGGAUGGUACAGGUGUGGUCUGGGCAGAACUUACUCUGAUGAUCCAUACCAGAGGUUUAUGCUCAUCGUCACUGAUGCUCUGACCACUUCUACACCUUCAUCAUCCAUCCCAUCAGCCUCUACAGAAACAUCAAACCAAAGUGAAAGCUCCACAUCUUCACCAGCCUCCCCUAAAACCACAGAACAACCUGAAUCAACAACAACUACAGAUGUGAUCCUGUAUGUGUCUCUGACUCUGGUCGUCCUGGUCAUCGUGUCAUCACUGUCUGUGCUGGUAUUCUGCAGGAAGAGGACUUGUAAAGCCAAAAGUGAGGAACCAGAACCUCAUGUGGAAACACAAAAUGCUUCUGCACCAGACGCUGAAGACGACCCGAGUCAACUCGCCUACUCUGAGAUCAAAUUUGUCAAUGUGGGCUCGUCCCAAAGCGGUUUCCACGGUGACGCUGAGUGUGUUAUCUACUCUGUUCCUCGGGUGGAAGCUAGCUCUGAUGAGCCCCCUCUGUACUCUACUGUUAACAACCCCCAAUAACUCUCACAGUCUGGCAGAAGAAGCUGGUGUGAAUUAAGCAGCCGUGUAAAUAAAAGCCUCAGCUAAAUGAUAUUUAAUGUAAAAAGCUCUUUUACAGCUUCAAUGUAUUUAUUAAGUUGAUUUUAUUACAAGUUAUAUGCUAUUAAAGUUAUUUCUAUAAAAUAAACUGUUCUAGUAAAGUUAGCAGAUUAGCAUUAGGUAUUUUUGCUUCAAAUUACAGUUGACUAUUUUGGUUAAAGACUUGAUUUACAGAAAUGUUUAAUUAUAGCGGAAUAUAAAUAAAUGGAUAUGAAACUAUAUUACUUCAACCAGGUGAUGUGGUCAGUACGGGA